CAUUUCGAUACAAGUAACGUAGUCAACUUACCCAAGUAGACUUUUUGGUGUUGCAAAGCUUUAUCAAACUUUUGUAAGCCCAAAUAGGCUUCACCUAUGCCUCUAUUGACCACAGCAUACUCCAAUUGUUUAUUUUGUUUCUUGUAAAUGUUUGCAACUGUGGUGUAUUCCUCUAUAGCGAAAUCAAAUCGUCGUUUAUCCACGUACAAAUUUGCCAAAUCGGUGCAAACACUGAUAAGAACUCCCUCAUUGUUUUCUCUGUGGGCUUUAUUCCUCCGUUUCAAAAGCUCUGCAAUUGGGGCAAAGUAUUUUUUAGUUUAUAACGAAAAGGAAACUCACUUUGUUCGUCCAUUUUUGGUGUUUAUGUUUAUAAACACGUGUUUUGCCUCUUGGCAAAAGCUUUUCCCUCCAAAACAGCUGUCAAGAAGCUGACAAUCAUGGCCGGCAACCGUUGAAUGUUACACACGUUAUUUAUUAAAUUGGAAUUUUCAGACCAGCAAAAUAGAAUAAUUGCGUACGUUAUUUAUUAAGAAAAAUGUAUUUUUAAUUAAAGUCUUCAAACAUAGGUUUUUUGAAAUUUUAGUGUGGUAAUCCUGUACAAGUCCAGUGGCGUACUGUACUGGCGUUUUUAUUGUUUUAAUCAACCUCCAUUUGUUCAAAAACCAUCAAAAGCGGGGAAAACAAACAUGAUAUAACGUCACAAUUCAAUAAAAAAGUCUUACAUAACUAGUCGAGUUUUUGUUUACUUAGGAAAAGUGAGGUUAUGUCACAAUUGUGUAAACAUCAAUAAAAAUCCUGUGUUUGUUUUGACUGGAAAAAUCGCAUAAAAAUGGCAAAGGAAAUGAUGAUAAUUCUAGUCUAUGACUCCCAGAUGCUUCAGAAAGAGGAAGAUGACCCUGCAAGCGCAAUUUUAUAUUUUCACCCAACUUGGGUAUCAGACCAGCAAAAGACGGCUUUGUGUGGCCAAUUAAUGGGCACUGUACAUUGCGUUAAAAGCAUUUUUUCCGCCCCGAAAAUUGUCUCAUUACAGAGUGGCAAAUUUUUUAUUAAGGAAUAUGGGCGGUAUUUGAUGGCUGUAGGAACAGAUCGCAAUAUCGCAGAUUGGUUAUUGGAACAUAGGGCUAAUACAAUGUCUUCACUUAUAAGUUUCUUCCACCAGGACAUUGAAAUCAUGUCGAAAUUGUACGAUAACAGCGCGAAACUGUCAGCUAAACUGUACCAAUUAUUUGAAACUUAUCUAAAGUAUAUGUUUCUGGGUGGGAAUAUUUUUUCUUAUACGCCCUCACUGAAAUUACCAAAGAGCGCAAGUAAUGUGUUUCUAGAAGCCAUACAAAUAUUACAAUGUUGCCAGGAACUCAAUUACGUGAUGGGGGGUACUUUAUUGUACCAUAACAAAGUUGUAGCCACUCAACUCAGUUCAGACAUAACAAAACGAAUCGUAUUAACCGAUCCUUAUCGAAUUAAAUGUCCGGCAGAGACACCUAGCGUCAAUUUUGAGCUACCACUAGGAGUCCAGUUGCUUCAAGUAUACAUUUCGUGUAAAGAAUAUUACAAAUUGCAUGAGGAGGCGACCCGGAGUCGCAGUAUUUUCCAGUACCUGAGCAGCAAAAGUAUUAAAAAGGGUAAACCAGUGGCGUCCAAGGAACCGGUCAUGUCAGCUAUGAAACGCGACCAGUCGAUUAUUUUCACAGCAGUCCCUGAGGAAGAUUGCGAGCAACAAGUCGAGAAACGUAUUCCGUCACAAAAUCGCCCCAAAUUCCUAAACCUUAAACACAAGACAACUGAUGAGAAAAAACCGGUGGUUAAUACGCCGUUUCAUGGGCAGACUAGUGUGUGUUCCACACCCAUGACCGAUUUGAGUAAAGUUUUGCACUCGAAACCGUUAUCGAUUUGUAUAAAUGAGACCAAACUAGAGAAGUCGCCCGAAAAAAAUUCGGUUUUGGUUAAAAAUGAUUCUAGUUUGAACAAUAUCGUAUCAAGAGUGCCAUAUUUGACCGUAACGAGUAAUUUGUACGAUUGUAAAAAAUUUUCAAGUGUGUUUGACGUCCGGGAGAAGGGGAAAAACCUCGACAAGAGUAUCACAAUGAAGUAUUAUAAUUCAGAGUUUCGUGAAAAGUACAAAAUUUCGAAUGAUGUUACAACACCAGACAAGGGCCGAGUAUUUAAAACUAUAACUGAUCCGAAUUAUCCCAUUUUUCGGUCCGAUGGUACUCUAGUCUCCCACCCGUUCUACCAAGACUACUUGACCAAUCAAAUGGAGUUAAUUACGAGCGAAAUUAAGGAGGAAAAACCCGCCUUGAAUCACUCUUUUGACGACUUUGAUUCGAAUUUAGGCGAGUUUGUCAAAAGCGUUAAGAAAAUUCCAGACAAAGUGGUCGAAACUAUCGAGUUCUCGGCUUUGCCUCGGCCGAGUAAAGAGCACCGGAAAUCGCUUACACUUCCGUUAAAAUCGCUCAGUUUGGAUGGUGGAGGGGAGGAGCCUUCACCAGUCCGGCGACACUCCUCAAGCGUCCUCCUAACCCCCUUAAUGUCAAAACUGAGCUCGUUCGAAUCUAGUGGUUUCUGUAGUCGGGACACAACCCCCAUUUUUACUCCCACUCAACCGAAUUUUCCUUUUGCAUUCAAAAGACCGAAAAAGUUGAUUCCGGAAACGGAUUCAUUGCGAAAAUGCGUUUUGUUUGUUUGCGGACAACAGGAUAUGGUCGUUACGCUUUUGUUACAGGAUGAGGCAUGUGCCUCGUUAGAACUUUUGACCAAAUUGUGGGAGAUUUGUACGGAAAAUUUGGGAAAAUUGGAAAAACAGUUGCAUCAUUGUUUGGAGACGUAUCCAGGAGGAGGGGCUCAAGGAGACAGUGAGCCCUACAGUUACCUGUAUUUGGACUCGGAUUGGGACACUAUACAUCGCGGGGGGCCCUGGGGCACUGCCGAGUUGGGGGCUCUCACCUAUUUUCAUCGCGAUUUUCAGGAAUCGAGCAGCUUGAUCGAGAUUCUAAUGAGAUGUUGUGACGGCGUGAUUUAUGGUUAUCAGUGUGGCAAGUCUGAGGUGUUUUACCACCAGGCUGCUAACCCUAAUGCAGGGUUACCAACACCGGCAGACCCCAUGAGUAACGUUCCCCUGAAAGCAAGACGCAGGCUGGAACGCGACCACUCAAUUAUUUUAUUGUAAGUUAGACAGUAUUGCCAACAUUCCAUUAGUCUUAUCGUGCCAAAAAUGUGUAUCCAUGUGUAAUUCAAUGUGAUAUUUGAGUAUUAUUUAAGGGAGUUUGAGUUGUAAUAAAUGGAUUUCCAUAUUUAUUUUUUAUUUACAUUAUCACAUUUAGUUGUAAAAUAGACAUUUUAAUUGAAUAAAUUUUUCAAUUUCUGUUUGUCUUCCAUA